UCAUUCCUAUCAAAAUCAUUUUUACAGUCUCAGAUGUUUCAAACCACUCUCCAAACAACACGAUGACCGAUUCUGUGCCCAAUGGUACAACAGAUGCUUCUGUUGCACGAUAUGAAAGAACGCAUCAACAGCCCGAAAACCCUUUCGCAGCCUUGAUACCAGAUCAGACUAUCGCGAUUAUUCCUUCCUUCACUCUCGAAUCGGGCGUAACACUUCACAAUGUACCCUUAGCAUACAGCACGAGAGGCAAGCUUUCACCAAAUCACGAUAAUGCCAUGGUAAUUUGCCAUGCAUUGACUGGCAGUGCGGAUGUUAGUGAUUGGUGGGGUCCUCUACUUGGAGGUCCAGGACGUGCAUUUGAUAUCUCGAGGUUCUUUGUCAUUUGCAUGAACAGUCUAGGCAGUCCUUAUGGAAGUGCUAGUCCUGUUACAUGUAAAGAUGGGAACCCGAAGAAUGAAAGAUACGGCCCCGAAUUUCCAUUGACGACUAUACGAGACGAUGUGAACUUUCAUAAGCUUCUUCUUGACGAUUUGGGUGUACGACAGGUGGCCGCGGUCGUUGGAGGCUCCAUGGGCGGCAUGCUUGUUUUAGAAUGGGCAUAUUUUGGGAAAGAUUAUGUCAGGUCAAUCGUUCCAAUAGCUACUUCAAGCCGACACUCUGCAUGGGGAAUCAGUUGGGGUGAAGCACAAAGACAAAGCAUUUACGCGGAUCCAAAGUACGACGAUGGAUACUACCCCUUUUCGGACCCUCCUUCAACGGGUCUCGGAGCAGCACGCAUGUCAGCUCUUCUUACAUACAGAAGCCGAAACUCCUUUGAAGCCAGGUUCGGAAGAAACAUUCCAGAUGCAUCAAAGAAACAGACCAUUAGCGAUAACCAAAAUCCUUCCGGAGUUCAUCUCGCUAUCCAUAAUGACGGGCACCGUUCAAAGCGUUCUCCACUUUCCAGGCCCGGAAGCACAACGUCUAUUCCCCAGAAGAGCCAAAACUCAACCGUUACUACUGGCACCUCAACUCCGGCAAGUAAUCCUGCGGAUUUUACAGACCCUCAGUUCCAUGGUGCUACAAGUGACGCAUCACUUACGCCGCCUCCAUCCGCCAACGGCAGGAAACCUACGUCGACCUAUUUCUCGGCACAAUCAUACCUCCGCUAUCAAGGCGAGAAAUUCGUCAAGCGAUUCGAUGGUAAUUGCUACAUAGCCAUAACACGCAAACUCGAUACCCACGAUGUCUCACGGUAUCGCGUUUCCAAUGACUCACAGGACCCCAUCGCCGAUGCCCUGUCCCAGAUUACUCAGCCUACACUUGUUCUUGGCAUCGAAUCGGAUGGCUUAUUCACAUUCGAUGAGCAGAAGGAGCUCGCAGCUGGUAUUCCCAACGCAACAUUGAAGAAGAUUGAUAGUCCAGAGGGACACGACGCCUUCUUGUUGCAAUUCGAGCAAGUCAAUAGACAUAUUUUGGACUUCCUGACGGAUGUGCUACCGGAUAUCAUGGGAGUUCCAGGUAGCGAGGAUAUAGCUGUAGAGGACGGAGUCGGAGCUGUCACGAAAAAUAGCACUUUCGGUGAGGCGGAGGUAGAUGAUAUUACCGCUUGGUGAGGAUGCGAAGCAUCACCUUGUUUAAAAAAGCCUCCAGAUGGAAAGGCCAGGAUACCCAAUUCAAAGACUUGCAGACCAGACAUGCAAUGAACAAUCGUACUGCACAAAGACUAGUCAAUGCU